AACAUACGGGAAUAACUCUCGAAAGAAGGAGAGAGAGAAACGGAGAACAGACGGAAGAGCCCUUAGUCAAGGCAUGUCGUUUCUGAAGGUGGGGAUGUGUCAAUCCGUUCUGGCCCAUACAACCAAUACGUUGCAUUACGGUUUAGGAUUGAAGUGUUUCUAAAUACCUUUGACAGGGAACUUAGGACCCUCGGUACAUCUGUCCGCUUUGGACUUGUCAAGAUCCACAGUGUCAGUCAGUGUGGUUGGUGAAAUUUGGACAAAGUUGAGAAGUUGGGGGGUCUCUCUCCUCCUUUCCUCCCGUGAGUUUUGACGUGACUUUCGUGCCAUCGAGUGAUCUGUCAUGUUCUCUUUUGAGCUCUUUUCAAUUUUGAAUUUUAAAGGUAAAAGCGUUCGAAAUAGGCUUGAUGGUUGAUUUUAUGGAGUUGGAAAGUUUGACUUCAUUUGAGUGAAGUUAAAAGCCAUACACUUUUGGAGAGAGGACUGAAUUAACAGCCAUACAAGGGAUGAGUGCCAAGAUCCAAUUAAGGUGCUGGAUGUGUCCUGAGGCUACCAGAAGAUUCAUACAUAAGAAUAUAAUCCGCUAAAAUGGAUUCCAGAGUCGCGACCGCAUUGAAUCUCCAUGUAAUAGCUUUACUUGGGGCCUGUCUUUUUAUUGAACCUGGCGGAGGAAAAGCCACUGCCUAUGGGACCAACCAUGGAAUGCCUGGACACCAAUUCCCACGGUUUCAAAAGAACUUUUGGUACGAAUAUUCAACACCACCCAGCACAAGUUUCCCUGAAUACAUCGACUACCAUCUCUCACCUGAACCGGUAACUCAGAUCCCUCCAAAUUCUCCUCACCUCUUAAAUCCCGCUGGGAUGGAAAAUAUCACGGCACAGUUGGGCGCUCCGGCGAGACUUUCCUGUUUGGUGAAGAAUCUUCAAGACAAAACCGUCUCUUGGCUCAAAAGGAACGAUGAUGUGCCGAUAUUGGUAACCUUCGGGAACAGCGUCUACAUUCACGAUGUCCGGAUUACCGUGGAGAGAAAUCGGUAUCGAGAAGGCAAACAGGAAUGGGUCCUGAAUAUUCUCAAUGCUCAGAAGUCAGAUCAAGGCAUCUACGAGUGUCAAAUUUCCACCGAACCCCCGCAAAUUCACAAAGUCCAUCUUUAUGUGGAAGCUCCAAUUCUGACGGUGAUGGAUGGUUUUGGCCGCGAAUUGGUGGACCAAUACUACAAAGUGGGUUCCAGCUUGGAAGUCAUGUGUACGGUGGAUCGUUUACCCGCACGACCUUUGCCGCAAAUCAUCGAAUGGAGACACGGCAACCGUCGACUUGCUCAAGAAAAUAGUACCUUAGGCCAAAUUAUUCAUACAGAACUUCAAGGAGACGGUGCCAUCAGCCAUCUCUCAAUAACCCAAGCCAGUGUGAAGCAUUCGGGAAUUUACACUUGUUCACUGUCAGAUACCAUCAGUCAGUCCCUCAGACUCCAUAUCAUAGAUGGUAAGUACGACUGUCUGGAUGCUACGAAUGUUUUGUACAAGGACUUGGUCGCCACAAAAUGGAAGAUAAGAUGUUUGACUCCAAGUGAGCUUUGA